AUGGCUGGGAGGAAUGAUGUUGCGAUUGCUGCUGCUUUGGAAGUGAUGGCUCAGGCUAUGCAGAACCAACCGAAUGCUGACGAGAAUGUUGGAUCUUGUAGUCUAGCAACUUUCCAAAGAGAGAAUCCGCCAAUGUUCAAGGAGGACAACAAUGCUCAUUAUCGUGUUAUUAAUGAGAAGAGGGGCAAGAAUCAGCAAUGCCGUGAGAAACCAUAUGAUGCUGGUAAAGGGAAGCAAAGAAGCAAUGCUUGUACUGCUGAUGUGAAGAGGUGUUACUGUUGUGGUAAGACGGGACACAUGUCUUCUGAUUGUAAGCAUAAGGAUGUUGUUUGCUUUAACUGUGGUGCGGAGGGGCAUAUUGAUAGCCAGUGUCAGAAGCCAAAGAAGACAGCUGUAGGUGGUAAAGUGUUCACUUUAUUGGGUCUUACUUUGUCUGCUAUGAAUGGAGAAAUGGUUGUCGAACUCCCCGCUAAGGGAACGGUGACUACUUCUCUAGUGUGUUUGAAAUUUCCUUUGUCAAUAUUUGAUAGAGACUUUGUUGUUGACUUUGUGUGUUUGCCGCUUGUUGGCUUGGAUGUGGUUUUGGAUAUGAAUUGGUUGAAACGCAACUACGUUCAUAUCAAUUGUUUUAACAACACGGUAAGAUUUUAUUCUCUUGAAGAAGAAGAAGUUGGUUUGUUGACCGGUAAGCAAUUAUUAAGGCGAUUGAUGCAAGACGAAGCACAAAUGUUCUCGUUGAUGGCGUCAUUCUCCUUUGAGAGCCAAGUCAGAAUUGAUGGGAUUAGGUGGUGUGCUUAUGCAAAACGGUAA